AUGGCACAACAAGAUGAAACUAUUGGAAAAUUAAAUAAAGAUAAAAAGAAUUUAGAAGAACAAAAUAAACGUACACAAGAAGCAUUACAAGCUGAAGAAGAUAAAGUGAAUCAUUUAAAUAAAUUAAAAGCGAAAUUAGAAUCAACAUUAGAUGAAAUGGAAGAAAAUCUAGCUCAAGGUGAUUUAAAAGCUACACAAGAAACUGUUGAUGAUUUGGAACGUGUAAAACGUGACUUAGAAGAACAAUUACGACGUAAAGAAGCUGAAAUUAGUGGUUUAAGUGGGAAAUUUGAAGAUGAACAAGGUUUAGUAGCACAAUUGCAAAGAAAAAUUAAAGAACUUCAAACACGUAUACAAGAAUUAGAAGAAGAUCUAGAAGCGGAACGUGCAGCUCGUUCAAAAGCUGAGAAAAGUCGACAACAGCUUGAGAGUGAAUUAGAAGAGGUUGUAGAUCGUUUAGAAGAACAAGAUGGUGCUACAGCAGCACAAAGUGAUUUAACUAAAAAACGUGAAGCAGAAUUAAUGAAAUUAAAACGUGAUUUAGAAGAUACACGUUUACAAAAUGAACAAGCAAUAGCUACAAUGCGUAAAAAACAAAGUGAUGCUGUCAAUGAAUUAGCUGAUCAGUUAGAUCAAGCCAAUAAAGCUAAAGCAAAGGCUGAAAAAGAACGAAGUCAAUUCAAAGCGGAAUUAGAUGACGCACAUAAUCAGGUGGAUAGUAUUAUGAAAGCUAAAUUGAUUCUGAGAAAACAAAAUUUGAAUGAGCAAGCUUCGACUAAAGCACGCAGCAGUCAAGAAGUUUCUGAAUUACAACGACAAUUAGAAGAAGCUGAGUCACAAUUAAGCCAAUUGAACAAAAUUAAACAACAACUCAGUGCACAACUUGAAGAAGCACGUCAUAGUUUGGAAGAUGAAAGUCGAAUGAAAGCUAAACUAAACGGUGAAGUACGUAAUUUAACUAGUGACUUAGAUUCAUUACGUGAAACAUUAGAAGAAGAACAAUCAGCUAAAGGUGAUUUACAACGUCAAUUACAAAAAUUACAAGGUGAAUUACAACAAUUACGUUCACGUGGUGGCGGUGGUGGAGAUGUACGUUCUGAAGAAGUUGAAGAAUUAAAACGUAAAAUGAAUGCUAAAAUACAAGAAUUAGAAUCAGAAGCUGAAUCAGCCAAAUCAAAAUGUGAAUUAGAAGAUUUAAUGGUUGAUGUUGAACGUGCUAAUGGUUUAGCUAGUCAAUUAGAACGUAAACAAAAUAAUUUCAAUCGUACAUUAGCUGAAUGGCAAAAGAAAUAUGCUGAUUCUCAAGCUGAAUUAGAAAAUGCUCAACGUGAUGCACGGGGUCAAUCAACCGAAAUCUUCCGAUUAAAAGCUCAAUUAGAAGAAGUACAUGAGCAAAUGGAAGGACUUCGUAGAGAAAAUAAGAACUUGAGUGAUGAAAUUCAUGAUUUAACUGAACAGUUGGGUGAAGGUGGACGUUCAGUACAUGAAAUUGAUAAAAAUAGACGACGACUUGAAAUGGAAAAGGAGGAACUACAAGCUGCAUUAGAAGAAGCUGAAAGUGCAUUGGAACAGGAAGAAGCUAAGGUUCAACGUGCUCAACUUGAAAUGAGUCAAAUUCGUCAAGAAAUUGAUCGACGAUUAGCUGAAAAAGAAGAAGAAUUUGAAGCUACACGUAAAAAUCAUCAACGAGCUAUGGAAUCACAACAAGCUAGUUUAGAAGCUGAAGCAAAGGGUAAAGCAGAAGCUAUGCGUGUAAAAAAGAAACUUGAACAAGAUAUUAACGAAUUAGAAGUUAGUUUAGAUGGUGCAAAUCGUGCUAGAGCUGAACAAGAGAAAAAUGUGAAAAAGUUCCAACAACAAGUACGUGAAUUACAAUCACAAUUAGAAGAUGAUCAACGUCAACGUGAUGAUUUACGUGAACAAUUUCAAGCUGCUGAACGUCGUGCAACUGUAUUAGCUGGUGAAUUAGAUGAAUUACGUAUAGCAUUAGAUCAAGCUGAACGUAGUCGUAAAAUAGCUGAAGCUGAACGUGCUGAAGCAUCAGAUCGAGCGACAGAAAUGUCUACACAAACUGCAUCAUUAGCUGCACAAAAACGUAAACUUGAAGCUGAUUUAGCUGCUAUGCAAGCCGAUUUAGAAGAAGCUGCCAAUGAAGCUAAACAAGCUGAUGAACGAGCUAAAAAAGCUAUGGCUGAUAGCGCGCGUGUAUUUGAAGAAAUUCGUCAAGAACAAGAACAUACACAACAUGUUGAAAAAGCUAGAAAACAACUUGAAAUACAAGUAAAAGAACUUAUGGCUCGUUUAGAAGACAGUGAAUCAGGUGCUAUGAAAAAUGGUCGUAAGGCAAUGGGUAAAUUAGAACAACGUGUACGUGAAUUAGAAACAGAAUUAGAGGCAGAACAACGUAGACAUGGUGAAACUCAAAAGAAUUUAAGGAAAGUUGAUCGACGAAUGAAAGAAAUUAGUUUACAAGCUGAAGAAGACAAAAAGAGUCAUGAUCGUAUGCAAGAAUUAGUUGAGAAACUUCAAGGUAAAAUUAAAACAUACAAACGACAAGUUGAAGAAGCUGAAGAGAUUGCUGCUAUCAAUUUAGCUAAAUAUCGUAAAAUACAACAUGAAAUUGAAGAUGCUGAAGAACGUGCUGAUCAAGCAGAACAAGCAUUACAAAAACUUCGAGCUAAAAAUAGAUCAUCAGUAUCAACAGCACGUGGUGUAAGCGCUGCACCAGCUGGUGGACCUGGACAUGCAAAUCGUGCUCGUAAGCCAACAGCCAGCUUAGCACCAGAAGAAGAGUAA